CCGAGGUAAUCCCCCACCCCUAGUCAAGCUAGCAAUGUGAGCAAGACGUCAUGCUAAGACAUUGAGAUCACAUUCAUCUCAGGAGAUUCUACCUAGCUACUGAAAUUCAACGCUCCUACACACAGCUACUAAAAGCUCACCUAGCCACAAUAUUACAUCAAGAUGGCUGCCAUGCCCCAGCACAAGGUUGUCAUGAUUGGAGACUACAAUGUUGGCAAGACGUCCAUGUUCCUACGCUUUGAGACAGGGGAAUUCCCGGAUGACAUUGACGAGCGGGUCAAGAGAAGUAUAGAGGUCAAGAAGCAGAUCAUGGUAGACGGAGAACUCGUUGAGCUCACUCUCCACGACACAGCUGGUCUGGAACGCUUCGAAGGGACUGUCCCUCCCAGUUACUUCAGAAGUGCUAGUGCAGUCAUCUUCGUGUACUCCCUAAGCAACCAAGAAUCCAUUGCUAACGUCAACGACUGGUCGGACAGUGUGAGCCCUCAAAGACUAGAAUUCGUUCAGACGGACACGAAUAUUGUCCGUGCUUUAGCGGGAAAUAAAAGCGAUCUAGACGAAAGGCUAGUAAGCAAACAAAGAGCUAGAGAAGUGGCUGAAAAUUGUGGAAUAAAGCCAGAGCUAAUUUUUGAGCUAUCUGCGCUCUCUGGAGAGGGUUUUGAUGAACUUUUUGUGGCCGUAGCGAGACAGAUUGUGUCGAGUGGUAAGAGUGAAACGGACGUUGGGCCAGUCCUUAGUCUGAGAGACGGCAAGGGAAAGGAUUCAGGCAGUGGGAGUGGAUGCUGCAAAUGAUAACUUGUGUAUGAGGUGUGUGACACUGUAUAUGUUUUUAGUUGUGCAAUGAGAGACUAUUCCCCUUCGUUAUUAUAAUUAUACUCUAUUUUUUAUUUAAGUACUCUAGCAUUGCAGUAAGUGCAUUAUAAAACACCACAUUGUUCUAUUUAAUUGCAUAUGAAAAUUGUUGAUGGAUUAUAAUUAUUGGACUUGUCAA